AUGGGUACCAUGACGACGACAAAGACUAUCUUAGUGACGGGCGGUUGCGGUUUCAUCGGCAGCCACACUAUUGUCUUGCUUUUGGAACAAGGAUACAAUGUUGUAGUGGUGGAUAAUCUAUCCAAUUCAAAGAAGGUUUCCUUGGAUCGGGUGCAAAAAAUUGUGGGAUUGGACGAUGAACAGAGGAAGAUUCGCUUGACCUUCCAUGAGGUGGAUCUAUGCGAUGAACCAGCUCUUCGCAGAGUCUUUGAAACCGGCCCAACAUUUGAUGCCUGCAUUCAUUUUGCGGGGCUGAAAGUGUUUGGUGCUGGCAUCACCAAUGCCUAUGGAAGAACCAAAUACAUGUUGGAGGAAGUCUUGAAAGAUUUUUACAAUUCCAAGACUUUGGAUAAGGACAAGAAAAGUACAUGGACAGUGGCUCUCUUGCGAUACUUUAAUCCCGUCGGAGCCCACCCCUCGGGAGAAAUUGGCGAAAAUCCCAAUGGAAUCCCCAACAACCUCAUGCCCUACGUUUCCCAGGUUGCCGUUGGUCGACGAGAAUUUUUGACCGUCUUUGGUGACGAUUACGACACGCCCGAUGGAACAGGAGUGCGCGACUACAUCCACGUGAUGGAUCUGGCGCAAGCCCAUGUGACGGCAAUCGACUACAUGACAAAGAAAGACCACGGAGUUUUCACCUUCAACUUGGGAACUGGUACAGGAUAUUCGGUCGUGGACAUGGUGAAGGCAAUGAGCAAAGCCUGUGGACAUGAAAUCAAAUACAAGGUUGGACCACGUCGUCCUGGUGACAUUGCUACCUGCUAUGCCGACCCAACAUAUGCACGGGAGGAUCUAGGCUGGGAAGCAAAGCUAGGACUAGAAGAAAUGUGCCGUGACCUCUGGGAGUGGCAAUCCAAGAAUCCCAAUGGAUUUGAUUGA